AUGCUUGCUGCUCGUGCUGCCGCCCGCCCCAAGCUGGCCUUGAACACCUCUGUUGCCCAGAACACACGGCCAACACUAUCUCUCAAGUCUCCGGGUGUUCUUCCUCGAACUCCCAUCUCGCCAGUUACCACAGCAAGCCCAACAGCCAUGAGAUUCUCGUCUCUCCAGAUCCCCCAGAUCCCAUCACAUGGAGUCACAUCACACAGUGUCAAAUCACACGGUGUCAAGCCACACGCCUACACCAACUCAUGUUCAUCAAAGAGCAUUCUGAAGAAGCACCACUCAACAUACCCAGGUGCUCCAGAAAAGCGCAUUCAAUUCCAGUGCACACCAACAGUCUACUGCGUGACACCAAUUGAAAACCCAGAUGAAUACUACGGCAAACACACCAAGAUGACUCGCGAAGAACGACGAUGGUCAGUUCGCGAGUGA